AUGACUGGUCGCGGAAAAGGAGGAAAAGGUCUUGGAAAAGGAGGUGCCAAACGUCAUCGUAAAGUGUUGCGUGAUAACAUCCAGGGAAUCACCAAGCCCGCCAUCCGUCGGUUAGCUCGUCGUGGAGGUGUGAAGCGUAUCUCCGGUUUGAUCUACGAAGAGACCCGUGGAGUGUUGAAAGUAUUUCUGGAAAACGUGAUCCGUGACGCAGUUACGUACACCGAACACGCCAAAAGAAAGACCGUUACUGCUAUGGACGUUGUCUACGCUCUUAAACGACAAGGCCGAACUCUGUACGGUUUUGGAGGUUAAUCACUAUAAAUAUAUUAUAUAUAACCUAAA